CCCUGUUUCAUGCGUGUCAAGAAUUCUGCAGCUCCUUGGACAGAUAGCAAAAUGAGAAUCAUCACCUUAGCCGCUCUGAUGUUCUAUGUGACUGUUGUCUACGGAAAAAGAGGAUGCCCGGCCCUGCGAAUCCCAAACACAACCUCAGUAUGCAACAAACAACCACGUAAUGACGGAAAAUAUCCCCAAAACACAGUCUGCACUUUUGCCUGUAACGCGGGAUGUGAAGAGGGCGGCGGGUCGUCACGAAGAAGAUGCAUGGGCCGGCGGCGUAGGACCAAGUGGCAUGGACGCAAUUUGCGAUGCCAAUGUAAUCCAUGCAACAGCGCACCUAGCCACCCCGAUGGUUACACCAGCAACUGUGCAGUACAGGCGACCUAUCCAGCAGGCUACACGUGUAGCUUCACCUGCCCCGCCGGUUAUGUCCAGGUUGGCGGGCAGGCAGAGAAGCUGUGCGUUAACGGUAGAUGGGUGGGGAACGACUUACUCUGCGAACAAACAAUGACAACCACUCCAAAUUCAGCAGAAAUGAUGACCACCACGCCACCUAUAACGGUUGACGAGUACACGAGCACGCUGACGGGGUGCCAGUGCUGGUUCAACACUUCCCGGUGGGACUGUGCCUGCUGCCGCCCGGACGGAUGUCAGUGUUGGUCCGACCAGCCGCACCGCUGUAUCCCGUGCGGCACCGACUGUGGCGACUACCCCGCCGUACCCUGGGCUGUCGCUAACAAUGGAGUGGCGCAGCACGUGGCUAGUUCGUGUCCCCAGUGCGUGUGGACAGUCAUGGCAAUGUUUCAGCCCGUCUCCGUCCCGUCUAUUGGAUUCGUCACCAACACCUACAGUCCCUCUGAUGAGGACCUGGUCAACCCAGAGCGAGGCUGGUGGAAAUACGCGGCUACUGAAGACGAGGGCUUCGAAGUUCUAACGGUGUCUCAGCUAAGCACGUUCCGGAGCGAGGGUCACACCCUGAUCUUCCGGUACUACGUCCUGGACCUGUUCGUCCACUCGGACAUCAGCGCCGAGUUCCUCACUAACCUGCAGGCGGACCUGCAGAACGCCCGGGCCGCCGGAGUCAAGAUCGUCCCCCGCUUCGCCUACACGCUCACAGAGGGCAUCACUGCUGACGCCCCCCUGCCACAAGCACUAAGUCACGUGGCCCAGCUGAAGCCGUAUCUCCAGGCCUAUGGUGACGUCAUCGCUGUGGUACAGGCGGGCUUUGUCGGAACAUGGGGAGAGUGGUAUUACAGCGACAGCUACAGCAGCCCUGAUAUCGAAAAUGACGGGGAACCUGUGUUGGUGACAGACGAUGACUGGGCCAACCGCAGGACCCUGUUGGAAGCCAUUCUGGAUGCAGUUCCAAACGAAAGAAUGGUCCAGAUACGGUACAUGAAGUACAAACGGAGGUUUACCGGCGAUGACUCCCCAUUGACCGAAUCAGAGGCACGCAGUGGAUCCGAGAAAGCUCGCAUUGGUCAUCACAAUGACUGUUUCCUAGCCAGCGACUAUGACUGGGGAACGUUCGAAGACCUACCUGUGGACUACGCCUACCUGUCAGCGGACACCAAGUACACGGUCAUGGGCGGAGAGACGUGCAACUACAACCCUCCACGGUCGUCUUGUGCUAAAGCUGAAGAGGAAUUAGCUCUCUUCCACUGGUCCUACCUGAACCCAUACUUCCAUCCAGAUAUCACAGGGGAAUGGAAGCAGCAAGGCUGCUAUGAUAGAAUCGGCCUCCAUCUCGGUUACCGGUUGGAGCUGGUGUCCGGUACGUACCGCAGCGCGGUGCCGCAGGGAGGGACGUUCUGCGGCCGGCUGGAGAUCAGGAAUGUCGGGUACGCCGCACCCUUCAACCCGCGGGACGUCAGAAUCGUCCUGCAGCAGGACAGCGUCAUCGUGACGUCACUGCUGGUGACAGGUGUAGACCCACGUGACUGGCAUCCGGGUACUUUGCACUCAGUCCCCAUCUCUGUACAGUUGCCUAGCAACGUGUCGCCAGGAAGCUAUCAGGUGUUCCUGUGGCUGUCUGACCCCAGUCCGACCAUCUCAGACCGGGCCGAGUUCAGCAUCCUGCUGGCGAACACAGGAGUACCGGACCCGCUCACCGGCCUCAACAACCUAGGGCAUACACUACAGGAGAUGAUGGUAGAGAACUCUAUCCUCUAA